UUUUCCGCGCUCUCCUGGCAAAUUGGCGUCCGCUCUCUGACGCGAAACCAAAGGAGGAGUGUUCAAUGGCGACAGGGCGCUCUUUGAAGCCGGCUCCUCUCGGGGAUUCCGGCCCAGGCCGCCGCCGCGGUCCCAGUCCCGCUGCAGAGCGAAUUGGAGAGGAUGGAACCUCCUGCUUCCCGCAGGGCGGAAGGAGCGCCAGCGCCUAAGUAAUUGAAGGCCUGAAACUCCCAUGUGCCACUGACUAGGAGGCUUCCGUGCUGCGGCGCUUCAUGACCCAGCGACGCGCGGCCCAGUGAAGCCACCGUGGUGUCCAGCAUGGCCGCGCUGCUCCUGGGCGCGGUGCUGCUGGUGGCCCAGCCCCAGCUAGUGCCUUCCCGCCCCGCCGAGCUGGGCCAGCAGGAGCUUCUGCGGAAAGCGGUGACCCUCCAGGAUGAGGUCCGCGAUGGCGCGGCCCCGAACGGCUCUGCCCAGCAGCUGCCGCAGACCAUCAUCAUCGGCGUGCGCAAGGGCGGCACGCGCGCACUGCUGGAGAUGCUCAGCCUGCACCCCGAUGUGGCGGCCGCGGAGAACGAGGUCCACUUCUUCGACUGGGAGGAGCACUACAGCCACGGCCUGGGCUGGUACCUCAGCCAGAUGCCCUUCUCCUGGCCACACCAGCUCACGGUGGAAAAGACCCCCGCGUACUUCACGUCGCCCAAAGUGCCUGAGCGAGUCCACAGCAUGAACCCGUCCAUCCGGCUGCUGCUCAUCCUGCGAGACCCGUCGGAGCGCGUGCUAUCUGACUAUACCCAAGUGUUCUACAACCACAUGCAGAAGCGCAAGCCCUACCCGUCCAUCGAGGAGUUCCUGGUGCGCGACGGCCGGCUCAACGUGGACUACAAGGCCCUCAACCGCAGCCUCUACCACGUGCACAUGCAGAACUGGCUGCGCUUCUUCCCGCUGCGCCACAUCCACAUUGUGGACGGCGACCGCCUCAUCAGGGACCCUUUCCCCGAGAUCCAAAAGGUCGAGAGGUUCCUGAAGCUGUCGCCGCAGAUCAAUGCCUCGAACUUCUACUUUAACAAAACCAAGGGCUUUUACUGCCUGCGGGACAGCGGCCGGGACCGCUGCUUACAUGAGUCCAAAGGCCGGGCGCACCCCCAAGUAGAUCCCAAACUACUCAAUAAACUGCACGAAUAUUUUCAUGAGCCAAAUAAGAAAUUCUUCGAGCUUGUUGGCAGAACAUUUGACUGGCACUGAUUUGCAAUAAGCUAAGCUCAGAAACUUUCCUACUGUAAGUUCUGGUGUACAUCUGGGGGGAAAAAGAAUUUUAAAAAAGCAUUUAAGGUAUAAUUUAUUUGUAAAAUCCAUAAAGUACUUCUGUACAGUAUUAGAUUCACAAUUGCCAUAUAUACUAGUUAUAUUUUUCUACUUGUUAAAUGGAGGGCAUUUUGUAUUGUUUUUCAUGGUUGUUAACAUUGUGUAAUAUGUCUCUAUAUGAAGGAACUAAACUAUUUCACUGAAAAAAAAAAGAUUUUUCUGGAGACGCUAUCUUUUUUUGAAUAUAAUUAACUUGCCCCCAACUCAAAAUAGCUGUCUGUGUUGCACUCAUUGCAAAAUCUAAAUUCUUUUGUUACUUUAAAAAAACCAUGUUUUUCACGGGUAUUAUAAUCCUCUCUCUCCCCUUUCCUUUCUGCAUUGCUCUUUUUAAUUUUUAAUGUCUCAUUGUGAUCAUCAGAUUUAUUUUUACUUGGAUUGUAAGAUUUAUCUCCUUGAUGAUUCUUUGCCAUUUUUGGAGGUCACGGUUUUACCCAUUCCCACGUGUAAACUUCAAGUAAACUAAGCAAUAUUCAGGAUGGAGAAGCAGUUAGUGACUGACUAGAGGUCCCUUGGGAUCCAUCUUGACCUCAAAGAAUAUUUGCAUACGCUUCUGAUCUCAGCAGUGGUUGAAACCUACAAUAAAGAGGAUUAAACCCUUGGCCUUCAGAAUGAUCUUGGGCCUGGGUACUUUGCCCCAGGUGGCAAUUGGCCUCCAGAAAGCCAAUUAGAAUAGAAAAGAGAAACUGCAAAAUCUAUGUGUGUCUUCAUCCUGUAGGUUCUGUGAAAGGCUGACUAAAAGGGUAGUAGUCUUUGGCUUAGUCUGAAAGUGCUUACUUCCUUAAAGAUACAUUGGCAUUAUAGACAUAUAUUCCAUAUGCACUGAGACAUAAAUAUGUGUAUGUUUCAAAAUCAACUCUAAAUUUGGAGUCCUGAAUGUGAAAGAAAAUGUAAACUCCCAAGGGUUGAAGUUAAAAAGAGAAAAGGGCAGAGUUGAGGGUAGCACCUAAGAGAGCCACUGUACCUGCCCCGAGAGGAGAGGCUGGAGUUCAGUUUUACUUCUGCCCCUGAGCAGCCAGGUUGUUGGAGAUGGUCACAUAAACCCAUCUUAUCCUCAGUUUUUUCAUGCAUUCUUCAUGCAGUCAGCCUUUUACAAAAUUAAACACAUCAGAUUUUAAUAAAAAUAAAACAUUCAUUACAAUAAAAGAGAAAAUACAAACAAGCAAAAUAAACCGGUUUCCUGACAUAGUUUAUACCAAAGGAAUAUGACAGAAAUGGACGUUAUUAAUCAUCUCCUACACUUAAGAACUCAUUGAAAUUUCUCCAAGCAACCGCAGGAUGCAGAUAUUAUUAUGGAAAUUUCAAAUAGGAGGAAAUAGGCCCAGAGAACAUGAGAAACUUGCCCAAGGUCACAUUGACUAUAAACUCAGGCUUAGAGGCUACUCAGUGUCAACGCACAAGUUAUUUAUGUAUUUACUUUUUACCCAACUCUUUCUGAGCUCAAAAGGAAAAGCCCAGACUCAGAGCCGGUUCUUCCUGACCUGACUUGACAUUUCUUCCCAGGUGCCAAGUAUCUUCCAUCCUAAGAGGUGUGUCCCAGCUACAGGAAGGGCAAGAAGAAGCCUGCAUUUUUCUCAGCAGUGUUAUCAGGGAAGUGAGUCACCUUGGUAUAUUUCAGCGGCUCCAGCCUGACCUGACCUCAGCGUGGCCUAUGCCCCACGCCAUAUCAUGCGCAGACAGCGGAGAGGAUGCCUUCCUCUUUAUAAUCCAUUAAAGUUGUUAUUAAACCAUCAUCUCCCCCGGAGGAAGUAGCGGAAAUAUUUACAGCAGGCCCCUGAUGGACGGGGUACUUCUCAAUAGGCAGACAGCCUCCCUCUGCAGCGCAUCGUUGGACCUUGCUUUUACCACACUCGUUGAAGAGCUGAAGAAAUAAGAGGCCUCGGAAAGGUUAAGUAAAGUUUCCAAGCCCGUUCGGGAAUAUGGUGACUGAAAGGAAACUGCAAUGAGAGUCUCUGACUCUGAAGAAGAUGCUCUUUGCAAAUGGCCUGUAAAUUCCUGUGCCCUGACAGGGAUGGUCUGGUUGAAGCGUGAACUGUUGUUGCAAGAGGUAGCGGGGAGGAGUGGAGGAAGACAGGACCGGCACAUGGAACAUAAUCUGGCUGCUGGGACUGGCAUAGUCAAUGGAGGGGAUGGUCUAGUGUAAAAUGAUUAGUGAAUGUAAACCCAACGUUUUCAUUUGGGGGUGCAGAGCUGUGGCUAAAGGAAUGUUCAAAUGAGUCUACCAUGAGCAAGGGGUCAGAGGUCCUAGUGGCACUGUAUGUUCAUUCAUUUUUGGUACAACCCCAGCCAGUCAUUAAGAAGGUACACGGGGUAAGAAACCUUCACUCCAGAUUUACCCAAGGUAUUUAUUAAUAGAUAUCACCGAGCAUUGUCAAAUUCAAAGGAGGCUCUGUAGUAGACCCUGGCCUGUCCUGAUAGGGCCAAAAUGCAGUGACUCGGGAGCCUAAUAGGCACCCAGUCCCUCCCAAACAUGCCUCCUACCAAUUCCAUUAACAGAGACAGAUGUCAGUGGAAGGUGUGGGGCUCCUAUCCAGACCACUCCAGCCCAGGGGCAGCCUGGGGGAUCUAGGUGGGUCCUUCCAGAGAGGCAGCUGAGAGCAACUGAACCAAGCCUCAGCUAUUAGAAUUGGAAUAUUUACACACUUGACACUCCAGAGUCAGAACCUUUUCCCUUUCCAUUCCUCCUGGAAUCAGAUAGGGUUGAAAUCUUUUUAACACCAUUUGGUUAUCAGCUCACAGCCUGAAGGUUUGCGAAUUUAAGAAAAGUGACAUGCCUCUGAGCAUAGGGUGCUUUACUCCUUCUGUGCUGGGAGGCUUACCCAACUGAAAGGAGAUGCAGGGUAGGGGAGGCCAAUGCCUAGUGUGCCUGCUGCUUACAGGGGUGGAGUCACAGGUCACCAUUAUUCUUUAAAAUUUUACUUUUUUGAGCCCCUACCAUGUGCUCAACAUGGUAUUAAUUCCUCAAGAAUAUAAAAAGAAAAUACAACAGGAACUAGUAGACAUCAACUGUUUGUUCUGGACUUUAAUACAAAUCCAGAGGGUCUUGGAGUACAAGGGGAAAGACAUUUAGCUGUGUAUAGACUGGGUGGGGCAAUGUGUUCCAUGGUUUGACAUUCAGUUCAGCAACAUUGCUGAGAGAAAUCAACUAGCCCCCUUAUAGAGAAGAGGAAACUGAGGUUUAAAAAGUGGUCCUGGCCGGGCACAGUG